GUUUUCAAUGUUUAUAAUCAACAUUAAAUAUGUAUGUUCAGAUUCUUUCAAACUCCCGAUCGGGUAUUUUUAAAAUUCGUUGGACUUUUUUGGAAUAAUAAAAAUAAAACCGUAUUUUAGCAUUAAAAAACUGUUAUUCAAAGUAUAUUAUAUUGUAUCAUAUCAUAUUCUUUAUAUGUUUGGACAUGAACCAUCAAAGUUAAUAUGUUAUUAUAAUAUUUAAUUUGUGAUAAAUAUACCGGUGGUUGUGUCAAAACAUCAAAAUAUUAAUUCAAAUUGUAACUAAGUAGUUAGUCAAUUAAAAUGUACGUAUUGCAAAGUAUAUUAUAUUUUAUAUGUAUAUUUAGUAAAUUUACAUACAAAUAUACACCAGUAUGCAUAAAUUUAUAUUAUUUUAUUAUGAUUUUACAUUAUUUAAUUGGGUGUUUAAAUAAAAAAAUCGAAUAAGUCUGUCAGAUAGAUUUCUAAUUGUAACGUAAAAACAAAAUUAAUGUGAUACAAAGUUUAACUCUUGUGACGUCACUUAUCAGUACUCUUUUUACCGACAAGUGACGUUUUGUCCCACAUUCCACCAUUUUAGAUAUCCAACAUUUUUUAUUCAAAUCUACCUGACUUUCUUAUUCGUUUUUUUUAGUUUAAUAUCCUAUUGCGAUGUCAUAUUAUAUAAAAUGAUUUAUUUUUGUUGUAUAUAAUUAUUAUUUCUGAAUUUUUCCAUACAACUGACCACUAAAAUUGUUUAGAACAUUAAAUUGUAUAUUUGUUAAUGUUUAGUGAAAUUUUAUUAAGAUAAUUCUAUAAAAUAUAUGUACAUUGUAAAUAUACCUAAAGUCAACGAAGUAAUUCAAUUUUGACGUUUCUUUGCACGCUUGUGAAACUACAACACACUUUCCUAACACAUAAUAUGUUGAAAUGUAUUAUUCUCCUCUAUAAUAUGUUAAUUAUUAUCUGUUAUCUUACCUAUAUGUAAGUACUAAAUAUAUUUUAAUAAAAUACUCAAUACAGUCCCGAAAAUUAAUUAAACUUAUCUACCUGUUGAUUUUGAAAUCUCUCACCUAAUACAAUCUCGACUUAACAUUUCUUCGACAUUAUUUUCAUAACUAACUUUAGCAACAACUUCAGCCAGAUAAUCUCUUUCGUCGUAAUGAAUAUACGCAGCACUUAGUAUAAUUAUGAUUUCAAAACUAUUGAAACAAAAGUUUUCAAUUAAUUUUGCCAAAUAAGUAAUGUUGAUAAGAAUUAUAGCAUUAAUUUUAAGUGCCUUUAUUGCUUACAAGACGGUUUUUAAUAAAAAAAUUGUUAGGUUUUCCAUAAUAAAAAAAAACACUGCCCAAAAAUAUUAAGAAUUUUACGAACAUAAGUAUAAUAUGAAAAUGCAUAAUGCCAUUACAGGAACCAUUUUACGAUGUACUUUGAUUUCACUGUUGUUUUACGAUGGUAAUUUUUUUUGUAGUUCGUUGACUAUUUUCAGAAAGAGGUUGUUUCAAAAGAGACCUUUGCAUAAUUGGUAUCUAUCGGCAACCGCAUUCUCAAUGCUUAUGAAAAUUUUUAUAAAUUAAAACUGUCAUUGAAUGUACCUGAAUUCAGACACAACCUCUUGAUUUCAACUUUAUUGAACAGAACAGGAUCCAAAGUAAAAAGCCUGAAAAUAUUGAAUAUUAACAUUGGAUACGGGAGUUUUAAUAUUCGAAUAAAAAUCUUAUACUUGUAUAAUGUUUGUGUUUUAUUUAAUUCUAAAUUUUUAUUACUAUAGGAAUCUUGCAUGACGUUAUCAAUGUUCUUCGCGCUGAAGUUUACGUGCAGGAAGAAAGCCUGCUUAUUCACUAUUGAAUUGCCCUUGGCGAAAAGUCAAAAAAUAUUGGGGUCGUUACGAGGUUAAAUCCCGCCAAUAAAACACAUAAAUAUCUUUUGGAGUUUUCCUGCAAAACAUAUACCACUAAGGUGCAACUGUAUUUUUCUUUACAUUUACCGAAGACAAGGCCAUGCCACAAUAUCUGCCUCCUAGGCAUAUAGGAGAAAUUCCUAGGCCAAGGUAAAAUCACUAAAACAAAUUAACACACUCGCAUGGAAACUGACCACUAGGACAAUUACUAGCAUAGAUAUAAAAAUUGUAAACGUCCUUCUAAUUAACCAGCAUCCUAAUUAAGCCGUAUAAUUAUAAUGCGGUGACAUUUUCGGUACAAUUCGUUUGAAUGUCCAUCUGUGUUCACGCGUCAAAAGGUAAAAGAUGGAGAAAAGUUAUGAGUAUGUGAAGAACGCGGUGGUGAACUUUAAGUUGGACUGGUGCUGCUGGCUGGCUCCUGUGAGGAUCGGCCUGUUCAUAACUGGCUAUUUGAAUAUCAUUUUAGCGGUGAUAUCUCUAGUAGGCAUCGCAGAGGAGGGCUUUGCUCCCGUAUUGAAACAGGUGCAGGACUCGAUUCUAGAAGACUAUGCAACCAAGACGGUGCCGAUGCUCGCGUACACCACCGAGCUGGCGUUCCAUGUUAUUCUACUUGCAGCUCUUUAUCGGAAUGACAUAAAGUUAAUGCGAGUGUACAUGAAGUACUGCAUCGCGGCGAUCAUCACGUCCAUCAUGUUCUACUCGUUAGUGGUGGCGGCCAUCGGAGUAGUCGUGGCCACAACCCUCGUGCUCAGCAUAGUAUUCCAACUCUACGUCCUCAUAUUAGUACGAAGCAUGAUAGUAGAAAUGCGACUGCAACAGAAGAAUUUGGAACUGCCGACCAUCGUGAUGAGCUCUCUUGUAAAACAGACCCAGGACCACCAGCCAGAAGAGAAGCCAGCCGACGUAGAAACACCGGCAGAAGACUCGGUGCAUGAGGAAAAUGGUGAUAAACCGAGGUUGGAGACUGUUGACGAACACCCUAAGGAAGAAACGACUAACGAGAAAGUGUAACUAUUGUAGAUUGCUGAUUAAAGGAUCGUUUUA